GUCGAGCACAAGACCAACACUCCUGCACCAUGACUACCCUCAAGAUCGUCGUUUCCGGCGCCGCCGGCCAAAUUGCGUACUCGUUGCUGCCUCUCAUCUGCAUCGGCCACGUCUUCGGCCCCAACCAGCGCGUGGAGCUGCGCCUGCUGGACAUCGAACCCGCCCAGGAAGCGCUUGAGGGCGUCAAGAUGGAGCUCCAGGACUGUGCCUUCAACCUAGUGGACGCUAUCAUCCCCACAGCCGAUCUGGAGACUGCUUUCAAGGACGCGGACGUCGCAAUCCUCGUGGGCGGCUUCCCGCGCAAGCAAGGCAUGCAGCGCAAGGAUCUGAUUGAGAAGAAUGUAGCCAUUUUUAAGGCUCAGGGAGCUGCUAUCGACCAGUUCGCCAGUCGCGACGUUAAGGUGCUUGUUGUGGCCAAUCCAGCCAAUACGAACUGCCUCAUUGCCAUGGAGAACGCACCCAGCAUCCCGCGGCGCAAUUUCUCGGCACUGACGCGUCUGGACCAUGAGCGUUUGCGCUCGUUCCUAGUGGAGAAGGUCAACGAGACCCAAAGCCCGAAAGUUACGUCGAAGGACGUCAACAAGGUCGUGAUCUGGGGCAAUCACUCGAGCACGCAAGUGCCCGACGUCACGAACGCAGAAGUGAAGGGCCAGCCGCUUGAUAAGAUCGUCUCGGACAAGGAUUGGGCUGAGAAGAAGCUCGUCAAGGACGUGCAGGAGCGCGGUGCAGCCAUCAUUAAGGCUCGCAAGCUCUCGAGCGCCAUGUCGGCUGCCGCCGCUAUCGGCGCCCACCUGCGCGACUGGUUCAAUGGCUCCAAGGACGGCGAGCUCGUGUCUAUGGCCAUUUGCUCGGACGGCAACAAGUACGGUGUGCCCGAGGGGCUCAUUUACUCGUUCCCAGUCAAGUGCGCGGGCAACGGCGCGUACGAGGUGGUGAACGGUCUUCCCAUCUCGCCGCGUAUCGACGCAAUGAUGAAAGCCACUGCGCAGGAGCUGACAGAGGAGAAGGCCGACGCUGUGGAGAUCCUGUCGCGCCAGUGAGCAGUAUUCAGCUAAUAGCUGGACGAUGGCAACGUCGUCUACACCCCAUUCGAUUUUUUUCUCCCAUUAUGAGCUGCUUCAAUCGUUUAUUUGACCAUCUAAACCAAUUAAUUUCUUGUUAUUACGAUUUCUUAUUGAAAAAAA